AUGAAUAAAGGAAAUUCAAAUGAAAAUGGAUGUUCUGCUUCGCAUUUACCUAAUGAAAGGAGUGAAAGUGAUAGAUUAAAAGAAUCAGUUUUCAUUUUAUCUGUAUUAGCUUUAUGGCCCCAGACAUUAGUUGCAGACAAAUCUCCAAUGCAGUUAAUAAUUGUAAGUACGCUAUUAAAAUUUGAAUCAAAAGUAUGA